AUGGCAUCCGAACGUGUUACCCGAUAUCAACCAUGCUAUAUCUUGCGCGACAGCGGUAUCCCCUGCGUCAUAUGGUGCGAGGACGCAGUUGCGCACUACGGAGUCCCCACAGUAGUCUUCAGCUUCUACAUUCUCGUCCCCGACAUUGACAAAGCUGCCAACGUCCUCACGCAGCGAGGAUGGCAUCUCGAAGACAGCGGGCAAACCAAAUUUGGAAACUACCCACUGCGAAGCGCCCAUCACCGCUUGACGCCGCCAAUCGAUGUGACCCAGAACAGACCCGCCUGGUCGCCGGGAAUGGGACCACCUCCGCCACCGAGUAAAGGACCUCCGAGACCAACGACUACUAUCCUCCUUCCAGCCUCAGAAUGGAAUUACACUUUCCCAUUAACUAUUCAGAACCUCUUUCCGCCUUUACCGGAGCUCCUAGAUGCUCUGAUUGACAAGCUGCUCGAUGACCCUCUCACAGAUGGGACCUGGCAUCAAUUGGCACUUCUCAUAGCCUACCUAUACGAUUAUGUCCCUGCUCUAAGAGAAAAAUCUUACGCCGAGAAUCUGAAAUAUGAGCAUCGACAAUUCCAUUACGACUCCUUAUCAGGAAUGUCAAUUGGCCUACCGUUCAUACGUCACGAACGAAAAAUCCGCGAUGCGCUGCGGGAGGGCAGCUUUCAGCUGUGUGACUGUUCUGCGGAUCAAGAGGAUGAGUCGCUAUUCACGGCUAAGGCUCAGGCGCGGAUUAUCGCAUCGAGGCCUUCGCCGUUCACGGCAGAAGAGUAUGAGGCUGACAAGAAAAGGGCGGAGGAAGAGGAGCGGAGGCUUUGGCUUGAGGAUGAAUGA